AUGCUAGAGAAGAAAACAGAAAGUUACGAAGACAUUCUUGUCUCAAUUAAGAAGAAAAUACCGAAUGAGAUCAAGAGAAAUCUAGCAAGACAGAACGGAAACAAGGAGUGGCAUUUCGACAGUUUACGCAUGGCAAUAUUAAAUGAGAUUUAUAUCUUAGAAGCUGGAAAGAAUAGUUGUAGUGAUUAUGUAGUUACCGACAGCUCACUAGAUAACACCCACCGCUGCAUUUUCCAUGGGUGCAAAGUCAAAUCCACCUCCAAACUCUGAUCAAUCACGCUCCAAAUAACAUGUCUUCUCUGCAAAGAUGAACACAAUUCAGCUGAUUUAAUGUUGUGACAGAUAAGGAAAGGGAGCUUCUCUUGUUCGUAAUGCCAAGGCAUGCUGUAACUUUAUAAAUCACCCAGUAUCCAAAUGCAAGUCAAAAUAUCGCGAUAACGUAUGCCCCAGAAAGCAUCAUACCAGCCUUUGUCAGAGUGUCGAGAAACCUCCCACAGCAAAAACCAGUGACCUAACAUCUGCAAACAAGACUUCAAGUCCACCUGUCACAGAUAAGGCUCCAUUGCAUUCAAUCUCAUCCUUACACAUUGUAGGUUCGAUUUCCGCCGCUCUCUAAUGUCCGGUCUUCGCUCCUACCCGAGACAAGUGGGUUCGGGGGAAGGAGCGCGGGCUCAUAUUCCCGAACAGCGGCUGGUAAUUGAGCCUAUUCACAUUGGUGGUGCAUACAAACACCCUCCCAUUCUACUUAAAACAGCCACAGUAACCAUAUCAAUGCACAUAUUCUAUUGGACAAGGGUUCUCAACGCUCCUUUAAUACAUCAAAUUUCGCAGACAAGCUUGUUCUUAAAACUGAAACACAAGAAGCCAUAUCUCUAAAGCAAGUUGACACUGUUACAGUCCACCUUAAAACGAUUCAACGGGAGAUCAUAUCCAUUCGUGCAAUUAUUUUACAACCAUAGCUGCACCUCUCGUUGCCUAGUACCAAUGUUAGUACACUGGUACCAAUGUAAGGGACUUACCACAACUAGAGAGACUGAUCUUAGGGCAUCCUACCAUCGACGGUUCGCCUUUCACAGUUGACAUUCUGAUAGGUGCAGAUCCUUACUGGGAUGAAGUUGAAGACGAGAUAAUAAAGGGUCCAGGUCCUACAGCAGCCAAUUCCAACCUUGGAUACCUCUUAUUGGGUUCCCUUUCCAUGUGCAACCCUUCAAGAAGCCCCAGCACUUCUACCCUACAUGUCAUGGCCGAACCCCAACAAGAGGAAUUUGAUUUGGAACGUUUCUGGCGCAUUGACUCAGAUGGUUAAAAAAUAUAUGAUUGUUUGUUCUGCCAAAAUUUAGAGGUCUCCGAGGCAGGACAUCGGGUCCUUUGAAGAUUGGCGAAAAUUUGGCGAUCCGCAAAAGUUUGGCAAGUUUUUCGAAUUGGGAGUGGAACUUAUUUUAUAAUCCUUGUAGAGAGAUUUUUCACUUAACCAAACAAAAAAAGCUCUGGUACGACCCGGGACUUAAAUCUCAUAAAUGACAUGGAUGCGUCCUGAUGUUUGCAGUUAUCGUUAAUUUAUGGUCAAUAGUGUUUUUAUCAAAAUUUAUUAUUUCCUUUUGUGCUUGUCAAUAUAUCAUCGAUGCAUUUCCUUUGUUUAUCGUUUAUAAUUGGCUCGUUCAAAAUUAAACGAAGGGCUUCUCGAAUGAAAACCUUCAGAACAGGCAUAAUUUUUUUUGCGUUUUACUGGACUGGAAAAACGCCAAAAAAGCACGCCUAUUCUGCAGGCUAAUAAUUGUGGACGUUUACUUUUACAUCCCAAGGGUAUAAUAAAAAGGCCGAAAAUGUCUAAAUCACGUCAUGCGUUAAUAUUCUAGCAUCGUUGUUGGGUAAAUUCCCAGUCAAAUUGGCAAACAAUCGAACAAACAUGAUUUUUCUUUGUAAAUAGAACAAGGGAGAUGGUAAGUUUUGAGCUCGGGAAAGAAAUAGAGAAAGAUGUGUUAUCGUCUAGUCACGAGCGUGGGACAAAGAAAAAAUUCUAAGUCCCCAUGAGGAAUCGAAACUCAGACCUUCUGAUUCCGCGCUCCGAUGCUCUACCACUGAGCCACAGAGACUCUACGGUGAGCGAGAUCUAUUACGAAGUUCAUGAUUCGCGAUGAUUCUCUAUGAUUCUCUUUAAUCGCAGCUUACCCUCUUUGCAGUUAUUUCAGUGGUCGCAUUUGAUGGUAAGAUAUUCGUAGAACUCAUUCAGAUCUUGGAUGAAAGAAAGAAAAAAAAACAAAGAAAAUAAAUGCGAAAACAAUAGAUUGUAGGCCAACAGCAUUGUUUUAGAAUAAAAGGGGGGUCCAUGCAGAAAAUGUUUUCUCUUUCAUUACCAGUGCCGCUGUGUGUGUAACGCGUUGUAUUAAUCUUCUAGCAUCGUGGUUGAGCAAUCGAACAAACAUGAUUAUCUUUAAGGACAUAAUUACAGGUAUGUGCUGUUCAGAACUUACAUAGAGAAAGAAAUUAAUCAAGUUGCUCUCUAAAGAUGACUUCGAACAGCUUGUGGAAUAUUUGCGUCCUCCCAACAUUUUUCUCUAUAGCUUUGUCGGUGGAAGCGCCCAACUUUUAGGAAGGCCUAGAUUCGAAUUGCAUUACUACCUAAUUUUUUUCCAGCCUCUUUUCUGCGACCUCUUUAAUUGCAGCUCACCCUCUGUGUAAUUAUUUCAGUGGCAGUAUUUGAUGCUAAGAUUUUCGUAGAACCCAUUCGUUAUUAUGCGUUCAGAUCUUGAAACGCAACACCAAAGAAUUUAGGCCCACAAUAGAUUGCGGGUCAACAGCAUUGUUUUCGAAUAAUAGGGGUUCCAUGCAGACAUUUUUUUUCUCUCGUGUUACCACUGCCGCUACGAUGUAGCUGUGCCAACAGCUUGCGGAGUUCCUUUUUGACGUAACUUUAUGAUCUCUAAUUAAACAGAGAAAGACAUGUUUUUAGAUGCUUACAAAUAUCGAGAAGUAGACGAUGGUAUCUUCUAUGAAGUCGGAGGCAAGGUAAGAAACAAAAUGUAAACUUUUCUGAACUAAAGCUCUCGGUUCUGUGUGGAAUUAAAUGUCUUCCUCUUCACCCCUGGUAUGGGGUGAUGACACAGGCUACCCAAGCUUCAUGCACGAGUUUGCCUUUACUAAACUGUUUCCACGCACUGAGAAACCAAAAGUCAUUCGGGGUUGGAAUGAGUAAAACACUUGGCCCUAGGGACUAAGAGUCAUCUGAGAUUUGAUUUUAAAAAGUUAUUACUUUGUCUAAAUUGCGCGUUCCUCUGUCUAUUGUGUGGUUUUUGGAUCGAUUCACGGUGGCUUAUAUUCUUACGUUUUUUUCAAUAAGCACAGGCCAUCAGUUUUGGCCUCUUAUUGCUACUGUUUUUUCCCUUGACAAAUACUAUGCCAGAUGCCUUGCGUCUGUUCAGUAACAGAUUACAAAUGACAUGAAAAUGUGGUAAAAACAAGAAAGUGGCCCAUCAGCUCAUAACUGGAUCAAUAAGAUAUUUGUAUGAAAGAUGAUGUUACUCGGUGAAUGACCCAAUCAUACUCGGAGAAAAAAGAAGUCUUAGUGCUCCCAUAAGGAGUCGAACCAACGACCCUUUGAUUGGUGCUUCGGAUGCGCAUGCUCUACCACUGUGCUGUAAGAGACUCGUACUAGGCCAAGCCGUUUAACUUGGUCCGUGGUGAUAAACUUCCUGCGUACUGCGAGGAUAGGAAUGUUGAUAUAUGUCAAUUGAUCAUAACUGUUACAAUUUAGGGAAAAAACGAUAAAUUUAUCUGAGAAAAUAUCUCCUCUGGAGACAUUACCUGAAGUAAAAAGUUCCCUCCAUUGUGGAAAUUUCCCAGUUUUUUAAGUAAGUGAUUGUUGACAUGGUUAUUAUAAUUAAUACUGCGUUUGAUGGAUUUAGCUGAGGAUGAUUGGCGGCUUAGACUGUCCGAUUACAGCCAACUGUCCUAUUAUCACCUUCAACUGUCCGAUUACACCUCUACAGAAUAAUUAGUGCAAAAUAAAGCAACUAAUGCACCAAUCUCAUUUGCGGAAAUGAAAGAUUACCAAUGAGGGUUGUUAUUGAAAUGGCUUUUUCACUUUCCUCAGCUCAUACUUGAAGAUGAUUCGAUAGACGAUAAUUUAAUUGGUGGAAAUAAAUCCGCAGAGGAGCCGGAAGAUUCUGGAACUGAAGAAAAACAAACCCAGAAAGUCGUCAACCUUGUAGCAAGUAACAAACUUGAAGAGGAUGAGACGCUAAAGGUUCCUCCGAAAAAAGGAGACGUUGAGAAGGCAAUUCAAACUUACGUAAAAAAGCUAGUGACAAAAAUUGAAGAGACCAGACCUGAUUAUGUGCCCACAUUCAAAGCCAAUGUUAGUAAAGCCGUGCAGAGAAUUCUUAAAAUUGGAAACUGGAAAUUCUAUCGCGGGGAAGACGAUGGCUAUGAAUGCGAAGGAAUGCUUGCUUUCUUGGGAUUUCGUGAAGAUGGCGAGACACCUUAUAUGCUGUUCUUCAAAAAUGGUCUUUACAAGGAGGAAGCGGUGAGAUUU